UUGUCUACCUUUGCUGCCGAAGUCACACGUGUGGCUCGUGAAGUCGGUACGGAAGGAAAACUAGGAGUCCAAGCACAAGUAAAAGAUGUUCGAGGUACUUGGAAAGAGAUCACAUCCAACGUCAAUACUAUGGCUGCAAACUUAACUUCUCAAGUCCGUGCGUUCGCCCAGAUAUCCGCUGCAGCGACAGAUGGUGAUUUCACUCAAUUUAUUACUGUUGAUGCUUCAGGUGAAAUGGAUUCCCUCAAAACAAAGAUCAAUCAGAUGGUUUACAAUUUAAGGGAAAGUAUUCAAAAGAAUACUGCUGCGAGAGAAGCCGCAGAAUUGGCUAACAGGAGCAAGAGUGAAUUUUUAGCAAACAUGUCACACGAGAUUCGAACACCUAUGAAUGGCAUUAUCGGAAUGACAACGUUAACUUUGGAAACCGAAUUGACAAGGCAACAACGUGAAAACCUAAUGAUUGUUAGUUCGCUAGCCAAUUCAUUGCUGACCAUUAUCGACGACAUUCUAGAUAUUUCAAAGACUACAAAUUAUAAAGAUGGUUCUUCAAAUACAAUAUUAUUAAUUACAAUUGCUUUGACCUCGUUAAAAACAGUCGAGGCCGGACGUAUGACCAUUGAACAAAUUCCAUUUUCACUUCGGUCUGCUGUGUUUGGAGUUCUUAAAACGCUUGCUGUAAAGGCGAACCAAAAGAAAUUGGCUCUAAUUUAUGAUGUUGACAAUGGUAUACCUGACCAACUUAUUGGGGAUCCAUUGCGUCUAAGACAAGUCAUAACAAACCUUAUUGGAAAUGCUAUAAAGUUCACCACCGAAGGGGAGGUCGUUCUCUCAGUACACUCUAGAUGUAUGAGUGAUCAUGUCGUCUUGGAAUUUUGUGUUAGUGACACUGGUAUAGGUAUUCAAGCAGAUAAGAUUGAUGUGAUAUUUGACACCUUCUGCCAGGCUGACGGUUCAACAACAAGAAAAUAUGGUGGUACUGGUCUAGGACUUUCAAUAUCAAAACGUCUUGUAUCUUUAAUGGGUGGUAAUUUGUGGGUAAAGAGCGUAUACGGGCACGGGUCCGAAUUCUUUUUCACAGUUAAGGUAACUUUGGGUACAAUGAACCGAGACCAGAUAGAUCAAAAAAUGGCUCCUUGGCAUGGUCGACAUAUCUUGUUUAUCGAUACCUUGCGCGAUGAAACUGGUGUCGUCAGUAUAAUCGAGGAUCUAGGUCUUCGACCAAAAAUUGCUAGUUCAGUAGAGGAGUCUGCGAUAAUAACGGCUUCUCGCAAAUCAGAUACCCCCUUAUUCGAUACAGUGAUUGUUGAUGAUUUAACUAUAGUUGAAAGGUUAAGAGAGAUUGCACAUUUAAGAUACACUCCUAUAGUUCUCUUGGCUCAAAUGAUACCUAAAUUAAACAUGAAGAAUUGUAUAGAUCUUGGCAUUACAUCGUAUAGUAGCACACCAUCGAAUUUACCUGAUUUGGUGAAUGCUUUGUUACCAGCGCUUGAAUCUCAUGCAGCAGUUCCAAGUGAUUUUGCAAGGCAACAACCAUUAGACAUUUUAAUGGCUGAAGACAAUAUCGUAAAUCAAAAGUUGGCGGUUAAAAUAUUAGAGAAGUUUGGUCACAGGGUUGAAAUAGUGUCAAAUGGUCAAUUAGCCGUUGAGGCUUUCAAGGCAAAACGAUAUGAUCUUAUAUUGAUGGACGUACAAAUGCCUAUAAUGGGUGGAUUCGAAGCCACACAGAAAAUACGUGAAUUUGAACAAGAAACUGGUGGACAUGUUCCUAUAAUUGCCUUAACGGCACAUGCAAUGAUAGGAGAUCGUGAGAAAUGUCUUUUCGCGGGAAUGGACGAAUAUGUUACAAAACCAUUAAGAAUGACCGAUCUUAUUGCAACAAUAAAUAAAUUUCCAGUAAAAAAUAUCAUAGAAGAAACACCGAUGCCCGAAGAGCCUCAAGUAUGUAAAUAA